AUGGACAACGCGCAGGACUGCUCGUGCCCUACAAUACCUCCGGAAUCGACGAGUAACCGGACUGAGUUCGGUACCCGAGGAUGUCUUGUCUAUGGCUACCCCUCCACUGGUGGGGUUCUCGUCAAAGAGGCUGACCUUCUCGACAUGCUUUUCCUAUCGCUUUCCCGCUCUCAUGUAUCGCAACGCUCAUCUAGUCCCGACGAAGAAGACAGAUUCUGUAAUCUGCUAAAAUGGACUGGUGCGACUUUAUGGCCGAGUAAGGAGGAUUGGAUCGAGGUGCAAAUCGGCAUGAGAGAGAUAACGGAAGAAGAAGAAAAGGUGGUGGUGUUUGGUUGGCCGACAGAUGGACUGGGCGUAUGGGUGUUGAGGUUUGCGAGUGCUAAUCAACUACCAAGGGAUUUUGGGAGAAUACGUUUAGCGAUGAAUAUGGAGGAGAAAAUACAGAUAAUGAAAGAGUAUGGCGCUACGUUUGUGGAAGAUGUUACGCAGGUGGAGGAACUUCAGGAUACGGUUUGA